UUAACACACAUUUUUCACAUCAAAAUCUCCUCUUUUACAUAAUUCUUCAUCUUUUUGCUUCAAUCAUGGCCGGAGGAAAGAGGACAAAGGUUUCCAAGAAGAGGGGCAAUGCCGAAGCUACGACCUCAGCGCCCCCGCCGUUCCCCUACCUGGACGGCUCGUUUCUUGAGUUCGGGUCGGAGGAGGAACUCAACCGGUUCCUCACGCACUUUGCCAAGCGUCCCAUUUCUCCGCCUAGGGUGCUACCCGAGUUGUACCCUCAACAAAAGGGGUACCACGACCUCGACAAUCAGCUUCAAGCGUCGGGCCUGUGGUCGUUCGUCUCCAGGAGCCGCUCGAGCUUCAAUCCCGCCUUCGUCCGGGCCUUCUACUCCAAUCUCCGCCGUGACGGGGACACCAUUCGCAGCAGCAUCAAUCUCUACGACAUAGAGAUUGAUUUACCUACCUUUGCUCGGGUCGCAGGGCUGCCCAUCCGCGGUGACGACAUCGCGACUUAUGGUGGCGACGAUUGGAUCCUCAACAACGAGGCAGUCGUCAUUCGUGAGCUUGGGAGCACCAACUUGAUCCGCCACAGCGGCGCGCCGACGAUCCACUCGGCCCCACCGGACAAGCGCCUCCUCCUCUACAUCAUCACCCGGAUUCUCCGCCCCCGGGACAGCAGCCAUACCUCACUCUUCAACGAGGACUUGAAGGCGAUUCACGCCAUCAUCCACGACGCCUCCAUCAAUUGGGCGAAAUUCGUGAUGAUCCACAUGGCGGAUUGCGCCUCCAUCGCCACGGAGCAGAGCUUGCCAUACGCCUUCCACGUCAUGGACCUCAUCAUCUCCGCCGACAUCUCCAUCACCGGCCCGGAUACGAAGAUGACGAAGAUUUGGAUCAUUCAAGACAGAACCUUCCGGAAGAAUCAAUUGAGCGGAUGGACUGUGCAACGCCAACACCACGACAUGACGGCGUUCUUCCGCGGCAUCAACUACGUCCCGCCGCCCUUUGAUAGCACCUUCCUCGGCCAAAACUAUGAAGGCGAGGACGAGGAGGAUAACUCCUAUGCUCCGUCCUCCUCCCCCGACGAAGCCGACUUUGAAGAUGCGGUCGACGGCGAUCCCAUGGACGUCGAGGACAACGAGGAUGAUGACGAGGACGCCGAUGCUUAGACUAUUCUCUUCUCUCCUUACUAUGAUUCAUUUUAUGAUCUUCUUUCACUCUUUGGCAUGUUUAAACGGUUCUCCAACAAAAACACUUUGAAAACCAUCUCUCGCUUUUAGUCGUUUGACAAAAACCACGCAAAACGGCGUAAACUUGGCUAGACGUGGUUUUUACUCAAAUGACGUGAUUUUUAAAGUGUCUCACUUGAUUUCUUAGCCAAAUACAUCAAAUAAGUGUUUUAAACACUUGGUUUUUAUUUUGGAGAACUUUGGAUUUUUCGGUCGGUUUUUGCAUCAGUUGGCUAGGCUGUGGUU